AUAAACAACCAACCAUUAGGGUUUUGCUUCCUCAACAAACCCAGUAUCACUCUCUCAAUCAGAGUACCCAUAGCCAUUAAACCAUGGAAGUCGAAACCAUCCACAAGCCAAAGCCACAGGCUCCCAUAUCAACCCCAUUGAGGAGAAUCAUUCUCGUGGCCUCAAUCGCCGCCGGAAUCCAAUUCGGAUGGGCAUUACAGCUCUCCCUCCUAACCCCCUACGUCCAGCUCCUCGGCAUUCCCCACACUUGGGCCGCCUUCAUCUGGCUCUGCGGCCCCAUCUCCGGCAUGCUCGUCCAGCCCAUCGUCGGCUACCACAGUGACCGCUGCUGCUCCCGCUUCGGCCGCCGCCGUCCCUUCAUUGCAGCCGGGUCCUCCCUCGUCGCCAUCGCAGUCUUCCUCAUCGGCUACGCCGCCGACCUCGGCCACCUCUUCGGCGACUCGCUCGACAAACCCACCAAGCCUCGCGCCAUCGCCGUCUUCGUCGUCGGGUUCUGGAUCCUCGAUGUGGCAAACAACAUGCUGCAGGGCCCUUGCCGCGCACUCCUCGCCGACAUAUGCGGCUCCGACACGAAGAAAAUGCGAACCGCAAACGGGUUCUACUCUUUCUUCAUGGCUGUCGGCAACGUCCUAGGAUUCUCCGCUGGGUCCUACACCCAUCUCCAUAGGCUCUUCCCCUUCACCAAGACCAUAGCCUGCGACGUCUACUGCGCCAACCUCAAGACCUGCUUCUUCCUCUCCAUCGCUCUCCUCAUCGCCCUCACCAUCCUCGCCCUCUCCUCCGUCCCGGAACCACCACAACCCCCGGAAACAGUGCAAGUCGUCGUGGAGGAGGAGAUUGAACAAGAGGAGGAGAGGAAAGCAGCAGCGCCGGUGCCUUUCUUCACCGAAAUCAUAGCGGCAUUUAAGGAGCUGAAGAGACCGAUGUGGAUACUUUUGGUCGUGACAUGCCUCAACUGGAUAGCAUGGUUCCCUUUCUUACUCUUCGACACUGACUGGAUGGGGAGGGAGGUUUACGGUGGCCAGGUCGGGAAGGGCAGGAUGUACGACUUGGGGGUCAGAGCCGGCGCCCUCGGCCUCAUGCUCAACUCCGUCGUGUUGGGCUGCGUUUCUCUCGUUAUUGAGAUUCUGACGCGUGCCUUUGGUGGUGUCAAGCGCUUGUGGGGAGUUGUCAACUUUCUCCUCGCCAUUUGUUUGGCCAUGACUGUCUUGAUCACUAAACUAGCUCAGUCCGCUCGACACGGAGCCGUUUUGACUGCCGGAGCUGAGCCACCGCCUCCCCCCGCCGGUAUCAAGGCCGGUGCGCUGGCUCUGUUUGCUCUCUUGGGUAUACCUCAGGCGAUAACCUACAGUGUUCCAUUUGCUAUGGCAUCCAUAUUCUGCAGCAAUUCUGGUGCAGGCCAAGGGCUUUCGUUAGGAGUCUUGAAUCUUGCAAUUGUUGUGCCCCAGAUGGUAGUGUCAGUAGCGAGUGGACCAUGGGAUGCUCUAUUUGGUGGUGGUAAUUUACCAGCGUUUGUGGUUGGCGCAGUUGCAGCAGUUUUAAGUGGUAUAUUGGCUCUCACUAUGUUACCAUCUCCUCCACUGGAUCUUCCUACAAUUAAGAACGCAAGAGCUGCAGCUGCUGCAUUCCAUUGACUCCGAUCGAGCUCUACGUACAGAGCUUUAACUUUGGCUGUGUUGCUAAUUUUCUUAGUUCUUAUCUUAAUGGGGUUCUUACUAGCUAGUGUACCUGUAGGUAGCUUUCUUCGAAGUUCAAAAACAAAAUGCUGAAUUGCCAUUUGUUAAUGGCAUAGCAAUACUCUGUGAUCUGUAUCCACGCGUAAGCAGGAUACAGAACGUCGAUACAACCGUUGCAUGGUUGACCCAAAAAUCCUCUGUCUU